GAGCUCCCCGUCCUCCAGACCCGCGCCGACACUCCGCCAGUCCCCCUGACACACGCCACGCCACCAUGAAGCGGCAAAACGUGAGGACCCUCACCCUCAUCAUCUCCACCUUCACCUACCUGAUCGUCGGCGCCGCACUCUUCGACGUGCUGGAAUCCCAGGAGGAGACGACCCAGCGGCGGGACCUGGACCUGAAGAAAGCGGAGCUGCUCCAGACGUUCAACUUGUCCGCGGAGGACUUUGACAAGCUGGAGCAGGUGGUGCUGCAGCUGAAGCCGCAUAAAGCCGGGGUGCAGUGGAAAUUCGCCGGCUCGUUUUACUUCGCCAUCACUGUGAUCACGACCAUAGGAUAUGGCCACGCAGCCCCCAGCACACAUGGAGGGAAAGUGUUCUGUAUGUUCUAUGCCCUUCUGGGCAUCCCUCUCACCUUGGUCAUGUUCCAGAGCGUGGGUGAGCGGAUCAACACCUUUGUCAGGUACCUGCUCCACCGCCUGAAGAAGUGUCUUGGCAUGAGGCAUACUGAGGUCUCCAUGGUCAACAUGGUGACCAUUGGUUUCAUAUCCUGCAUGAGCACACUGUGCGUAGGGGCACUGGCAUUCUCCCACUUUGAGGAAUGGACCUUCUUUCAUGCCUACUACUACUGCUUCAUCACGCUCACCACCAUCGGCUUCGGGGACUAUGUGGCGCUGCAGAACAAGCACGCUCUGCAGACCAAGCCGGAGUACGUGGCCUUCAGCUUCAUCUACAUCCUUACGGGGCUGGCUGUUAUCGGGGCCUUCCUCAACUUGGCAGUGCUGCGCUUCAUGACCAUGAACGCUGAGGACGAGAAGAGGGAUGCAGAGCAGAGGGCUCUCCUCGCUCAUAACGGCCAGGCAGGCGGACACAUUAACUGCUCUGUGGACCUGCCCUCCUCCUCCUCCACGCCGUCCGGAUGUGGUGGAGGAAGCGCAGUGGGAGGUAGUGGGGGGGGAGCAGCGAGCCGAGGUCUACGUAACGUUUACGCUGAGGUGCUCCACUUCCAGUCCAUGUGCUCCUGCCUUUGGUACAAGAGUAGAGAGAAACUGCAAUACUCCAUACCCAUGAUCAUCUCACGUGACCUCUCCACCUCGGACACCUACAUGGAGCAGGGAGAGGCUUUUUCUAACCCCCUGCGCUCUAAUGGCUGCGUGUGCAGCCUGCAGCGUCACUCGGGCAUCAGCUCGGUUUCCACUGGUCUGCACAGCAUCAACACCUACAGGAGACUAAAUAAACGCAGAAGCUCCAUCUAGACCAGGAGGACUUCAUGUUUUAAGGUCAAGUCCCACUUGUGUCUACCAUGUGGAAAGGGAGGGACCUCCUCCCUACUGUGGUAAUAGAUUAGCUGUGGACAUCAGGGGAACACAAUUCCAGUCCUAAAGAAACGCCGUACUCCUGAUGUUUGCUUCUUUCUGGCACUGAAGAGCCUGGCGCUACAGUCUCCAGACUUCAGCCAUGUAUUUAACUUCCAUUAGCUAAGCGCAAACCAUUUAGGACUGACAUUGUUACUGAUGCCACUGAGAAAUAAUGCUAAUGGUUGUUUAAGAAGCAUUCGUUACACAAACUCUGACACUGUUUCUUUUAGAAGACAGGGGGAAAAAAAUGUGCAGUUCUUUCUGCACCACUGCAUUCUAAUAUUAAAACUCAUAACGAUGAAUUCAGCUAUUUCUUUGUUCAUAAGAUAGAAUUUAAUGUUCUGUUAUGAAAAGGGACAAAAUACACUGUGAGACAUGUUUUUAAGAGGGAUUGGGGGUGUAUUAACUGUAUAUAAAGCCCCACCAUGAAAUAUUUUAUUGAAUAAUCUUAAGUCCACUUUUUUCAAAAAGACUUUCCAAAAGGAAUCUUUGGUUGUAUGUAUUAUACUCACUUCAAAAUGUGUAUAAUUUGGACACUUCAUUUGAGGGAAAGCCUAUUUUUUCAGUGAAAGUUUUCAAAAAUAAUUUCAAUGUCUUCUCCUGUGUGUCUGUAACUAGAGUUCAGGUUCAAGCCAAACUUUCUGAUCUUCUUUAUGUGUUUUCAUUUCAUUCGAAAACAAAAAAAAAUCACAUUACAUGCAUCCAGUUGACAGUUUUGAUUGAAGAAUAAGCAGGUAAGGCUUAAAUGUCUUGCUCGAGAACACUUGUGUCUGUUGUGGGGAUCAAACCCUGUGGCGGGGUUUCUAACCACUAGGCCUCCCUGCUGCUCCUUCUAGACCUUACUGUAAUUUGUACAAGCCACCAUGCAUUCGUUUUUUUCAUAGUUUCUUCCUGUGCAUCGAACUAUUUUAUGUACUAGUUGCUUGUCAUAUGUUUUCAUAUAGCACAACUAUAUUCUGAUCUGUUUAACUUUGAGCAUGUAAGCUCACUUUGUGCAUAGUAGAAAGUCAUAUCUUAUUCACUGCUGCACCUUAGAAGACUGUUGUAUAUGCUUUAGGACACUGGAAUUCAGUGCAGUAUUUUAUUUUAUUUUUUUAAUGGAAUCACGUUAUGUUUUGUUAUGGAAAUGAUACGCCCAAAUUAAUUCUUUCUUCUGUUAUUAGCCUGAGAUAUUUGAAUUAUUACUCUGUUUUGUGGAUGAUUCAGAAUAAUAACAGUACACCUCACUAAUAAACGGCCUCAGAGUUUGCACCUCAUGCACUUAGGGGGUAUUUGCUCCAACCCCAAUUAAUACACUUGAUUCAGCCAACUGAGGUCUUUAUGCAGUUUUUUUUAUUAAUGCUUUAGUCCUCUAAAGGAGUUAUGUCACAUAAUCAUUGUUUAAUUGUAUUUUCUUUAGUUUUACUUUACUAUGUUGCAAUAUGUUAGUCAUAUCACAUUCAUUUCAGUCACAUUUUCAUCUUUUUUUUUUCUACUGGAACUUGUCAACUGCAAUAUGCUUGUUAAAGUUGUUCAGCAUUUAUCAAUAACUGAUCGUGGGACUGCAGUAGGCUAUUUG